CGAUCGUAUUGGAAGAAAUCGCACGGUGGGGAAGCAAACGGCGAACCAACACUUCCUGACUUUGAUGAAAACAGAACACAUCUACAUCAAAGGCAUUCAUUCUCUCGAAAGGCACAAGCCACCGAUACUCAGUCAAUGGAUACGACUUUCACAGACCAUGCGAUAACUAGUCUAGCACCGACCGUUGUCUCUGGCGAAUUAAGUAAUCCUGCAAUAGCAUCAUCUUCAUCGAAUCCUUCCGCCAAUCCAACUCUCCCAUCGACUCCUCCGCCGUUUUCUCUACUUUAUGAUGCCGACGACCCUUUCCUUUUAGUGUCUCUACGGCAAGCACGGCCUCCCCGACGUCCAAAGUAUCUUCCCGUCCUUUUUAUUCUUGCCUUUAUGGACUUUGCUUUUUUAUUGGCGAGUGUGAUAUUGCUGUUAAAUAAACAAAAACAUGAUGGUCCGAACAAGACGUGGCGAGUCGGCGUGUGGGAUUUGGUCGCGCUUGGAGUGGUGAGAGUAAUUGUUCUAGUCACUGUGUCAUCAUCGAUAUGGGUGAGAGACUAUGGAUGGAUUGUUGGAGGCGCUUGUGGGAUAUCCACUAUGUAUGUAAUAUUCAAAUCCAACCUCACAUUACAAUUUAAAAUACCAACUAACAAACACCACCUCAUGAUCUUCGUCACAACAUUCAUAUUCUCUCUACUAAAUUGGAUUGUCUAUGCCCUUGUCACAGCAGACAAAGGACGCCGUGCACGAUUGCUCAAGGGUAAAACUAUAUUCUUUGAGGAAGAAGGAAACGCAAAUGAGAUUGUUCAUGGUGCAACAGACGAUAAUAAUGAACAGAGUGGAUUGCUUACAGAUGGCGAUGAAAACGUUUAUAAUGACGGUACUAAUGACGAAGUAACUCGCGGAUAUGGAACAAUAAAUACAGAUGAGACAGAAAACGAUGUGUAUAACGAUAAUGGCGGCGGGGUGGCAACUGCACCUCAAACAGAGUACAUCGCUGUCAGAGGUGCUUCCGCGUUUACUCGCCCUACAACGUCAUUUUCUACAGCAUCUGUGCCGAUUCCCAUUGCCAGCUCUGUGAGUUCGGACGGAAGCGCACGGUCUUUUCGAAAGUAUAAGAAGAAAGGACGACCAGUUGUGUCGGGCGAGGUCCCAUUACAUAGACGUAAAAGUCGAGAUAUUACCGAGGAGCGCGAGGAAGGGAUUAGUAACACACGUGAUGAUGAAGAUAACCUUCUUCAAUGUUUUGACGACACUGAUGCCGGUUUAAUAUUCACUUCUGUCGGACGUGGUGGAAGUGUCAAGGAUCGUGACGCGGUUUACUUCCAACCUCCACGUGAGGAUGUCCUACCGCUUGCAGUCGAAGAGGCAGAAUAUAUUUCGUCUGACGAUUGCGAUGACAGUACCGCUCCGGGAACGCCAUACCAUGUAGAAUAUGCAGUUGGAGUGACUGGUCAUGGAGGAAACGCGCUUAUUGACUCUUACUCACCAAGAGGAUAUCAUGUUGGGGACAUCAAAACAAGCAACUUUGAUGGGCUAUAA